AGGAGAUACUAUAAGGUACGUCCCGACGCCCGUUGCCUUCUCACCCCAAAUCCUCCAAUUUCUUGUCUUCUCCGCGAAAUGUUCCUCUGUCUGUCGUGUCUUUGUUCUGGUCGUUUCCCGAUUCGGUAGUUGGCUUGGGGAUUUCACUGCAAGUUUGGGGAUUUUCUGUAGGAAAGUUGAUCGAGAAGUCUUGGUAGACAUGGAGCAGAUCCAGUACUCCGAGAAGUACUACGACGACACCUAUGAAUACAGGCACGUCGUCCUCCCGCCCGAGGUCGCCAAGCUCCUCCCCAGGAACAUCCUUCUCUCCGAGAAGCAGUGGCGGUUGGUGGGUGUGCAGCAGAGCCGCGGGUGGGUGCACUACGCGAUCCACCGGCCGGAGCCGCACAUCAUGCUGUUCCGCCGCCCGAUCAACUACCAGCAGCAGCAGGAGGAAGCGGCUGCCGCGCAUGUGCUGCCCAAGUGAAGCCUCUGCUGGCGACCAGGAAUGUUAAAAACCCCUAGCCCUCUUUUCAUCUCUAAAAGGGGCGUAGCUGUUGUGUUGAUUAAUCCCUCUGGCUGUUAGUUGGAAACUUGGGAUCUAGUUGGGUCGACUUGGUGUGUGCGUGGCGAUCUGUUUGUGCUGACAUUUAAUCUGUGCGAUGUGAUCUUUGUGAUUGUGAUUCUGGUUAGUAGCGCUGGAAUCAGGUUUAAUCUGUUCUAUGUGAGAUUAAAAUUGUCACCAUGCAUUUCAAAGUUCAAA